GCCAUGAGUCGCGUUCAGAUCGGAGGGAUGUCCCUACUCGUGGUCCUUCUGCUGGCCAUUUCCGCCACCCAGGCGGCGGUGGUCCGUAGCUUUCCGCCCUUCGAGCAGCUGCAGAGCCUGGAGAAUCCCAACAGCCGAUUGGUGAUGCCCUUCGCCGACGAGGACAACUACCGUCUGCCCAACGACACCGUCCCCAGCCACUAUGCCGUGUCCUUGAGCACCAACGUGCACACCGGCGACACUGUCUUCAAUGGCACCGUGUCCAUCACCCUGAGCGUUGUGGUGUCCACUACCACCAUUGUGGUCCAUGCCCGCCAACUGGAGAACUUCACGGCCAGCAUUAUUCAGCUGGGAGUGGAGGCAGCCGUGGCCCAGGAAUUGACCUAUGCAUAUGAGUCCGAACGGGAGUUCCUCACCUUCAGCAAGGCGGGACUCACUUUCCCCGAGGGCACCACGUGGCUUCUGACGAUCAACUACCAGGGACACCUGCGCACGGACAACGGCGGCUUCUACCUGUCCACCUUCACGGACGAGAAGGGCAACACCAAGUACCUGGCCACCACCCAGUUCGAGAGCACCGACGCCCGCCACGCCUUCCCCUGCUACGAUGAGCCCUCCAAGCGGGCCGAGUUCACCAUCACCAUCAAGCACGAUCCCAGCUACAAUGCCAUCAGCAACAUGCCGGUGAAUGAGACUGCCUCCAGCUCUGGAGUCACCUCCUUCAACAAGACCGUGAACAUGCCCACCUACCUUGUGGCCUUCAUCGUCUCCGAGUUUGUCUACUCCGAAGGAGAGCUGAACGGCCUGCCGCAGCGCGUCUUCUCCCGCAAAGGAACCGAGAACGACCAGGAGUGGGCCCUGACCACCGGCAUGCUGGUGGAGAAGCGCCUGUCCGGCUACUUCGAUGUCCCCUUCGCCCUGCCCAAGCUGGAUCAGGCCGGUAUUCCCGACUUUGCCGCCGGCGCCAUGGAGAACUGGGGCCUGGCCACCUACCGCGAGGAGUACCUGCUGUACAACACCGAGAACUCGACCAUCAGUACCCAGACCAACAUUGCCACCAUCGAGGCGCACGAGGAUGCCCACAUGUGGUUCGGCGACCUGGUGGCCAUCGAAUGGUGGAGCUUCCUGUGGCUCAAGGAGGGUUUCGCCACCCUCUUCGAGAACUUGGCUGUGGAUCUGGCCUAUCCCGAGUGGGACAUCUUCCAGACCUUCCAUGCCGGUUCCUACCAGAGCGCUCUGGUCUACGAUGCCAGUGCCAGUGCCCGCCCCAUGAGCUACUUCGUCCAGAAGCCCUCGGAGAUUGCCCUGCUGUAUGACUCUGUGUCCUAUGCCAAGGCUGGAUCCGUUCUGGACAUGUGGCGCCAUGCCCUGACCAACACUGUCUUCCAGCGCGGCCUGCACAACUACCUGGUUGACAAUCAAUUCACUGCUGCCAAUCCGACCAAGCUGUUCGAGAGCAUUGCCAAGGCCGCCGUUGAGGAGAACUACGCCGUUUCCGCCACCGUGGCCGACAUGAUGGGCAGCUGGACCAACCAGGGCGGUGUUCCCCUGCUGACCGUGACCAGGAACUACGGUAAUGGAAGCUUCACCAUCAAGCAGUCGGUCUACACCAACGACAAGGACUACACCAACGACAAGCUGUGGUACGUGCCUGUGAACUACGCCGACGCCUCCAAUCCCGACUUCCGUAACACCGAGGCCACCCACUACCUGCUGAAGGUGCCCGAGAUCACCGUGAAUGCCAGCUUGGACCAGAGCAACUGGCUGAUUCUGAACAAGAAGUCCACCGGCUACUACCGCGUGCUCUACGACAGCGAUAACUGGGCCCUGAUCACCAAUGGUCUGAUCAACCGUCCCCACAAGAUCGAUCCCCGCAACCGAGCCCAGUUGAUCAACGAUCUGUAUCGCUUUGCCACCAGCGGUCGUGUGCCCCAUGCCACUCUGCUGGAGCUGCUGACCUAUCUGCCCCAGGAGGAUCAGUACUCCCCGUGGUCGGCCGCCAAUACGGUGAUCACCUUGUUCAACCGCUACCUGAGUGGUGAUGCGGACUACGCCAACUUCCAGUUCUACGUCCGGGAGCUGGUGAGCCUGCAGUACGACAAGUUCGGAGUGAACGAUCUGAAUGGCGAGCAGCACCUGGUGAAGUUCACCCGCAACCUGCUGAUCAACAUUGCCUGCCUGGCGGGUGUGGAGAACUGCCUGACGGAGACGACGGCCAAGCUGACGGGUCUGGUGGAGCACGGAACCAAGAUCGAGCCUAAUCUGCAGUCGCAGGUCUACUGCAACGGCUUGAAGCAGGCCGACGACAAGAUCUUUGACUUUGUGUACGACAAGCUGAUCAACUCCACUGACCAGGCCGAGCGUCGUCUCCUGAUCUCCGCCCUGGGCUGCUCCCAGAGCUCCACCCAGCUGGAGAAAUUCGUGUCGAGCAGUAUUGACAAGGAUAACGGCUUGAGGGAGCAGGAGAGGAUCACCCUACUGAGCCCUGCCUACUCCCGCGGCGAGGUGGGUCUCUUGGCCUCCAUCGACUUCCUGCAGAAGAACUGGGAGGCAUAUGCUCAGCUGACCAGCGGCUUCGGCGGCGUUAACCCCCUGUACAGCGACAUUGUCAGCAUUUCCGCCUACACGGUCAACGACAAGCAGAAGGAGGCACUGCAGCAGCUGGUGGACACCGUCAAGGGCUCCGCGUACGUGCCCACCACGCUGCAGGCCAGCGUGGACGCCAAUGUGAACGCCAACUACGCCUGGCUGGCGUCCAACAGGGAUCCCCUGAUCACCUGGGUCAACGGAUUCCGCAGCGGCAGCUCCGCCCUGAGCGCCUCCCUCCUGGCCAUCUUCGCCUGCCUUCUGGCCGUCAAGCUGUUCUAGACCGUAGAUCCUAAGUUAGUCAUAGAUUUGCAAUCGUGCCACCAAUAAAUUCCACUAAUUCCCUAA